AUGCACCUCUCGCUGUCGGUGUCCCUUGCGAUCCUGCUGGCACGACCCUUCGUGUCGGCCGCAUCCGAUCUUGCCUAUUGCUCCUCAGACAACACUGGAUCCUCAUUCUCAGCUGUCAGCGAUAACUUCCAGUCGAAUGGAGCGUGUGAGACCACCUGCAAAAAUUACGCCUUUGGUGUACUCCAGGGCAAGAAGUGCUGGUGCUCAAACGUAGCCCCAUCUUCGAGCUCGACGUCAAAGACUUCGGACUGCGAUACUUCGUGCCCCGGUUAUCCCAAUGACAGCUGCGGUAGCGCGGCCCAGGGGGUCUACGCCUAUGUCGCCAUCUCGGGCAACUCGCCAACCAGCACGGCAGGGGGAUCUAGCAGUACUAGCUCGUCAUCGACAACCACCUCCGAUCGCGUUGUCCAGACCACUUCUUCGAACGGCCAAGUGGUGACCAUCACUGAAGUGGCUCCGACCCCCACAGCUAGUUCUAGUUCGUCCAACAGCAGCGGCGGCUCCAGCCUGAGCGGUGGCGCGAUCGCGGGUAUUGUGAUUGGUGUCCUCGGUGGCCUUGCUCUUAUUGCAGGCCUCGUAAUCCUGGUCUUCUUUUACCGUCGUCGAUCCCGCGCUGAGAGCCCCGCUCCUAGCCAGGACAUGACCGACAACCGAACCAGUAGGGGUUCUAGCUUUAUGCCGUCCGCGCAGUCGGGUAAUGGGCGCCCAAACCAGUUCACGGAUAACCGCUUGAGAACCGACGCUGUCGUCUACUCGCACGGUCGUCAAGACAGCAGCACAUCGCUCCAGGACAAUGAAGACUACUCGCGCCCAGUGCUUCGCCUCACUAACCCCGACUAA